CUCCGCCCCCAGGGCCAGGGCCCUCUAGAGACUCUGCUGUCCCGGGCCGGGCUCGGUAGCGGCAGAGGCACCGGGGAGCGUCAUGCAGUGCCUGGGGAUCCGCCGCCGGAGCCGCUCCAGGGAGCUCUACCUGCAGGAGCAGAGCCUGGAGGUGGCGGCGCUCAACGGGCAGAGGCUGGGCCUACAGGAUGACGGGGACCUCCAGGCACUGCUGAAGGGCAGCCAGCUCCUGAAGGUGAAGUCCAGCUCAUGGCGGAGGGAGCGUUUCUACAAGCUACAGGAAGACUGCAAGACCAUCUGGCAGGAGUCCCGCAAGGUCAUGCGGACCCCGGAGUCCCAGCUGUUCUCCAUCGAGGACAUCCAGGAGGUGCGGCUGGGGCACCGCACGGAGGGCCUGGAGAAGUAUGCCCGCGACGUGCCCGAGGACCGCUGCUUCUCCAUCGUCUUCAAAGACCAGCGCAGCACCCUGGACCUCAUCGCCCCUUCCCCCGCUGACGCCCAGCACUGGGUGCAGGGCCUGCGCAAGGUCAUCCACCACUCGGGCUCCAUGGACCAGCGGCAGAAGCUGCGGCACUGGAUUCACUCUUGCUUGCGAAAAGCUGACAAAAACAAGGACAACAAGAUGAGCUUCAAGGAGCUGCAGAACUUCCUGAAGGAGCUCAACAUCCAGGUGGACGACGGCUACGCCCGGAAGAUCUUCAGGGAAUGCGACCGCUCGCAGACAGACUCGCUGGAGGAUGAGGAGAUCGAGGCCUUCUACAAGAUGCUGACCCAGCGGGCGGAGAUUGACCGCACCUUUGCGGAGGCGGCGGGCUCCGGGGACACGCUGUCGGUGGACCAGCUGGUGGCCUUCCUGCGGCACCAGCAGCGGGAGGAGGCGGCAGGCCCCGCGCUGGCCCUGUCUCUCAUCGAGCGCUACGAACCCAGCGAGACGGCCAAGGCGCAGCGGCAGAUGACCAAGGACGGCUUCCUCAUGUACCUGCUGUCCGCCGACGGCAGCGCCUUCAGCCUGGCGCACCGGCGGGUCUACCAGGACAUGGGCCAGCCGCUCAGCCACUACCUGGUGUCCUCCUCGCACAACACCUACCUGCUGGAAGACCAGCUCACCGGGCCCAGCAGCACCGAGGCCUACAUCCGGGCGCUGUGCAAGGGCUGCCGCUGCCUGGAGCUCGACUGCUGGGACGGCCCCAACCUGGAGCCAAUCAUCUACCACGGCUACACUUUCACCUCCAAGAUCCUCUUCUGCGACGUGCUCAGGGCCAUCCGGGACUACGCCUUCAAGGCGUCCCCCUACCCCGUCAUCCUGUCCCUGGAGAACCACUGCAGCCUGGAGCAGCAGCGUGUGAUGGCGCGGCACCUGCGCACCAUCCUGGGCCCCAUGCUGUUGGACCGGCCGUUCGACGGGGUCACCGCCAAUCUGCCUUCCCCUGAGCAACUGAAGGGGAAGAUCUUGCUGAAGGGCAAGAAGCUUGGGGGGCUCCUGCCCCCUGGCGGGGAGGGCGGCCCUGAAGCCACUGUCGUGUCUGAUGAGGAUGAGGCUGCUGAGAUGGAGGACGAGGCAGUGAGGAGCCGAGUGCAGCACAAGCCCAGGGAGGACAAGCUCAGGCUAGUGAAGGAGCUCUCCGAUAUGGUCAUUUACUGCAAGAGUGUCCACUUUGGGGGCUUCUCCAGCCCUGGCACCCCGGGGCAGGCUUUCUAUGAGAUGGCGUCAUUCUCCGAGAACCGCGCCCUCCGACUGCUCCAGGAAGCAGGAAACAGCUUUGUUCGGCACAACGUGACUCACCUGAGCAGGAUCUACCCUGCCGGGUGGAGAACGGACUCCUCCAACUACAGCCCCGUGGAGAUGUGGAACGGCGGCUGCCAGAUCGUGGCCCUAAACUUCCAGACGCCUGGCCCAGAGAUGGACGUGUACCAGGGCCGUUUCCAGGACAACGGGGCCUGUGGGUACGUGCUGAAGCCCGCCUUCCUGCGAGACCCGGACUCCACCUUUAACUCGCGUGCUCUGGCUCAGGGACCUUGGUGGAACCGGAAGCGACUCUGUGUCAGGGUCAUCUCCGGGCAGCAGUUACCAAAAGUCAACAAGAAUGAGAAUUCGAUUGUGGACCCCAAGGUGACGGUGGAGAUCCACGGUGUGGGCCGGGACGCAGCGAGCCGCCAGACUGCCGUAGUCACCAAUAACGGCUUCAACCCCUGGUGGGACACAGAGUUUGAGUUCGAGGUGGUCGUGCCCGAGCUCGCCCUGGUGCGCUUCGUGGUGGAGGAUUAUGACGCCUCCUCUAAGAACGACUUCAUCGGCCAGAGCACCAUUCCGCUGGGCAGCCUCAAACAGGGAUACCGCCACGUCCACCUCUUGUCCAAGACCGGAGACCAGCACCCGUCCGCCACCCUGUUCGUGAAGGUGUCUCUCCAGGACUAGGGGUGUGGGAUUCUGGCGGCGGCGGCGGCCCCGAACGGCCCCGAGCAGCCCAGGCCCCGUCCGCACGCAGGGACGGGUCUGGUGUGGCUGCUCCCGACCUCGCGCCUGGAGCCAGAGGCCCCGUGCUGCCUCCAGCCCUAACAUACUGUCACGGCCGCCGCCUCUCUGCGGUUCCAGGGGCUGGCUCGGUCCCUGGCGCUCUCUUCCAUUCCGUUAGGAAAAACACUGAGGCCCUCCGCCCUCUGGCAGCCCUAGGUUGAGGGUUUUUAUAAAAAUCAUAAGACUGA